UGCUGAUUGUGGGAUAUUGGGGCUUUGCUUGUUAAGGUUAUUCAAUUGCUGAACAUUAAUCCAAUUCCUCAACACAGAGUUUUAACCAAAUGGAAGGAAAAUCAAGAGAUGUAGCGAUUGAAAUAGAACGUUUAGAGAGAGAAUGGACUGAGAUGCUUCAAAAUGUGAAACUUCCAGAAAUGAAUGAUAUCUCUAUGCAAAACAUUUAUAGGGUACCACAACAUAUUCGUGAAAGCAAUCCCAAAGCCUACACGCCUCUAAUUGUUUCCAUUGGCCCUUAUCAUUACAAUAGUUUUGGGGCCAUGGAGGAGCUUAAACUGAAAUAUCUUAUGGGAUUCCUAAAUCGAACACGACUACCUAUGCGAGAAUUUGCUGUCAAAAUUAAAGAAUUGGAAGAAAAAAUUCGAAGUUGUUAUGCAGACACUAUUAAAUGUAAUGAUGAUGAUUUUUUAAAGAUGAUUUUAGUUGAUGCUUGCUUUAUCAUUGAACUUUUUCUAAGAUGCCACGAAUACAGUUACUGGAUGGAAAAAGAUCCAUUGCUGCUAAAACCAUGGAUGCUAGACUAUAUUCAGGAUGAUUUGCUACUUCUCGAGAAUCAACUUCCGUUCUUUGUUCUUGAACAACUUUACAACCUCACUGGUAUGAAUGAGAAAUUACUUGACAUUACUUUCAAUUAUUUUAAGAAAGAAAGUUUAAGAAUCAUGUGUCCAAGAGAGAGUCCAGAACACUUCACUGAUUUUUUAAGAUCUUCUAUAAUAUCAUCAUCAAAGCUUGGUCUUGAAAAUCUGGAAAAACGGAAAGUUAAACAUGUAUACAGUGCAAGCCAACUAAUGGAGGCAGGUCUUCAGUUCCAGGUCAAUCCAAAUAAAAGCUUCCUUGACUUGACCUAUCCUAAACAUGGAGUGCUGAGCAUGCCAAUCUUGACUAUACAUGACGGUACAGAAGUUUUGUUCAGGAAUAUGAUGGCAUAUGAACAUUGCCACCUUUCGUCUACAUAUAUCAUUUCUCAAUAUGUAGCGUUCCUAGAUUUUCUGAUCAAUACAGAAAAGGAUGUGAACGUACUUGUUGACAAGAAAAUUAUUGUCAAUUUGAUGGGUGAUACUAAUGCAGUGGUUACAAUGAUUAAUAAUUUGAGCUCAAAUAUUGCUAUGUCAUAUUUCAAUUCACACUAUUUCUCCAUCUGCAAUAACUUAAAUCAUUUCUAUGAAAAUCCUUUCAACAAGUACAAGGCUAUAUUCAUACACGAAUACUUCAACACUCCUUGGAAAAUAGCUUCUACUACUGCUGCAAUUAUGCUACUUUUGCUUACGUUUAUUCAGACUGUAUGUUCAAUCAUCUCAGUAGUUCGUGGUAAGAAAUCAUUAUACGUAUACUAAACUACUGUUACGAAAUGAGUUAGAACUGAUAAAAUGGUAAUGUUAAAUGUGCAGGUAAAUAAGGAGAUGGAUAGUUAAAUAAGGAAGAAGAAAAGUCGGUUAAGGUAAGAAGACGUAGACGAUUAUAUCUGGUUGUCUAAGCUGUAAUUGUAAGAGAACCUUGGAAGUGUAAGGUAAACCUAAAUGUGGGAGUUACUAUGUAUGACAGAUUUUAUGAGUAGUUGUAUUAUGAUGUUUUAGGAGUGAAAAAUUCAGGAGGAGUUUAUUGUUAUGUUUUGACUUUAAAUGGUCAUUACACUGGUCAUGAUUUGUAAUAGUUGAUAAACAUUAUGGUUUGGAGAGGAGAAGUGCAAUGAAAAUCUUACA